AGAGGAAAAUUUGUUUAUAAAGGUUAUGUAAAAUUUUAAAAUUUCUAGAGAACGAACCGCUCUGCUGUUUUAUUCAGAAUAAUAAAUAUCCUAAGAAAUAUGCGGGUAAUUGCUCUAGUGGAUAUGGACUGCUUUUAUUGUCAGGUAGAAGAAAAACUAAAUCCUGAACUUCAAGGCAAACCUGUUGCUGUUGUACAGUAUAACCUUUGGCGAGAAGGAGGGAUAAUUGCUGCGAAUUAUUUAGCCAAAGCAAAAGGCGUGACUAAAGGUAUGUGGAAGCACGAAGCCAAAGAUUUAUGCCCAGAAAUACAAUUUGCAAGAGUAGCUGAACUCCGAGGGAGAGCAGAUUUAACGAAAUAUCGCGAAGCUGGUAAUCAAGUCGUUGAUGUCCUCAGUACUUUUCCCAUUCUUUUGGAGAGGGCUUCUAUAGAUGAAGCUUAUUUAGACUUAACGGAGGCUGUGAAUGCAGAAUUGGGGAAAGGUAUUUCGAGCAUCCCUCUAGACAGGCUAAAAACUACCCAUAUUGUCGGUCAUAACACAGCUGAGUUUAUUUCAAGUAUUAGCAGCGAUCAGGACACCGAUGGAUUUUGUGAAGAUGAUUUGAAGUUGGCGAUUGGCGGCAUCAUUGUGGAAAAAAUGAGGAGCGAUAUUUAUGAGAAAACAGGUUAUAGAUGCUCUGCUGGAAUAGCACAGAAUAAAAUAUUGGCAAAGCUGGUAUGUGGUUUGCACAAACCCAAUAAGCAAACAAUUUUACCUGGAAAUGCGAUACCUCAGUUUCUGUCAGAGUUACCUUUGAAGAAAAUCAAAAGAUUGGGCGGUAAAUUUGGUAGAAAGUUAUCAGAAGAAUUAAAUAUUAGUAAAGUUGGUGAGCUAUUCAAUUUUUCACAAGAAGAACUUUCAAGGAAGUUCGAUUCCAAAGUGGGGCAGUGGUUAUACAAUAUCGCAAGAGGAAUAGAUAAAGAACCAGUUCAACCAAAACUACUUUCUAAAUCGAUAAGUUGUUGCAAGAGAUUUCCAGGAAAGAACGCCCUCUUCCAACAGAAAGAUGUAGAGUACUGGAUAAACGAAUUAGCUAUAGAAGUUGCACAAAGAUUAACAACAGAUCGAGAGCAGAACAACAGAAAAGCAAAAAUGGCAACAGUUAGUUAUGUUCAGUGUGUUAAUUCGAAAGAUGUGAACACUUCCAAGACAUUCUCACUAAGGUCCUAUGAAUCAAGUAUUAUUGCUCAAGAUGCUUUUGAAAUUUUGAAGAAGUCUUGCAACAAAACGAAUGGUUUGUAUUAUUUGAAAUAUUUGGGAAUAAGUGUUGGGACCUUCGAAAAUCUCAAAAAUAUUAAGGGUAUAAAGUUUUUUUUGGAGAAAAAGAAUGCGAAGGUGAGACAGGAAGUCAAUGAUGUGAAUCCAUCAAAACUUAUGGAAAUGAAAGAGGAGAAAGACAAACAUGAAGAUUCUGAGUUACAGAAAACUAGUGAUCUGCAACAUGGAAGUGAUAUUUCUUCUCUUUCUAUGAGCAACAGUUCAACAGGGGAACUAAGAAGGAAUGAUUCUUCACAUAAUGAUUAUGAUUCAUUUGAAAAUGAAGAAAAAACGAGUAAAAACAGUGAAUGCAAUGAAAGACUGUGUGAUGAGGAGAAGGAUUCUGUGAAAGUAAAUAGUUCUUCUCACUCAGAAAGUGAUGAAGAAAUUGAUGAGGACAAUAUGAAACAUUCUUUCUUUGUUCGAUAUUUCAGUCAAAUAGCUAAUAAGAAUAUUGUUGAUUGUGAUAAUGAAUCUUUACCAAGAGAAGGAGACCAUGAAUCCUUUUCUAGAAAUUCUGAAAAUAGUGUUGAUGAAGCAAUCACGAAGCGUGAUUGCGAAGAAUGUGGUAUGGCAAUUGACGUUGAUGACAUAAGUUCUCAUAUGGAUUAUCAUUUUGCUUUAAAAUUACAUGAACAAGACAAGUCAACCGACGAUAAUUCAAGUUCUAGUUCAGAUCAAUCUUGUAAGAAACGAAAAUUUGUUGAAUAUGAGAAUGCGUCUACAUUCUCCACACCUCAUAAACUUAUGACUACCACAGAAUCAACAGAACUGUGUGAAAUAUGCAAUCAGGAAAUCAGUAUCUCAGAAGUAUUAAGUCAUUCUGAUUACCAUACUGCAAAAAAUUUGGAAAAAAUGUGGAAUGCUGAAAAUAUAUCAGCUGAUUCAAUUAAAAAUAAUGCAGAAAAAAUGAUAGGUAAUAGCAUACUCCGAUACGUAAAAAGAAAGAGUAGUUGACAAUUUAUUUUAUGAGGUAUAGGUAAUGAAUUAUAUACGAUG